AUGGACAAGAGCAAAGAAGAGACGCUCUUUUUCAUUCCCGACUUGCCAGUGUUGAACUCCGACUACAAUCUCGACUUCAACGACAGCUCAACUUCCAUUCCCGCCGACUCGUCCGUCCAAAACUCGACUGUUUCUCCGCUCGUGAGCUGCGAACUUCCUCCCAGUGAAACUCAAGCCUUUUCGAGAUGGCUUCAGACAUGGACUUGGUUUGCCUUCACCAUUCCUUCUGUGGUGAUUGUAGUGGCAAACGCGUUGGUAAUGCGCCGCGUGAUGCAAACUUCGCGGUCCAAUUCUUCUAGAGCUUUUGUCAGAUCGCGCUCUCUGGGAAUGGUGAGAAACCUGGUGCUGAGCUUCUUUGUCUGUCGUGUUCCCUUCUUUACGUAUUGGAACUUGUCGACAAUCGUCGAAAUCAAAAUGCCGAGCUUCUUCUGGUGCAAUUUCACCAAGCACGUGAUAGUAGCGCUGCUCUACGUUAACUCAAUUUUGAACAGCUUUUUCUACAGUUUCUGCAAUCCGCGCUUCAGCCAAGGCUUCAGCUACUAUAUCCGACACGUGAUCAGGAAGAAUUAA